GGAUUUGGGUAAAGAACAUCAUGGGUUUGCUGACUGACCCUAAACGUCAGAAGAAGAUUGUGGAUGUUAUUUCCAAGUACAACAACAUACUGUGUGUGCUGUGCUAUGUUGCUGGAGUUACUGGCUUUCUGGCAUUGGCUUACCAGCCAUUCAAUGGAGCCACAUACUUCUCUGAAAAUGCUUUGUUACCUGGAUUGGUUACAACUGAAUUCUAUGCAGAGAUGAACUUGAAUGCUCUAGCAUCUGAGCUUAAAGAAGAGUUUAACAAGGACAAGAGGAAAGUUCCCAGAGAAUGGAUUUACAAUCACUUCAGAGAAAUAGGAUUAGACACUUAUAUACAGAAUUACUCUAUAAAAUAUCCACUGGACAUUGCAAAAGGACAGAACAUUCCAGGACAGAAUGUAUAUGGAAUCUUGCGAGCUAAGCGAGCGGCCAGCACAGAAGCCAUUGUCAUGUCUACCCCAAUGCGUCCCAAAGAUUCCGACCUCUCCUCCACCACGGGAGGGAUUGUACUGAUGAUGGCCAUGGCUCAGUACUUCAGAAGACAAACAUACUGGUCCAAGGACAUCAUUUUCCUGGUAUCUGACCAUGAGCAGAUAGGAUUGCAGGCUUGGCUGGAUGGCUAUCAUGACAUUAAGGCUGAUUAUAUAGUACCAAGUGAUGUGAUGGGGAGGAGUGGAGCUAUCCAAGCUGCCAUUAACCUGGAAAUUCCAGAUGGGAAUAUCCGCUAUUUUGAUGUCAAGAUUGAGGGCAUGAAUGGUCAGCUACCAAAUCUUGAUCUGUUUAAUCUUGUUGUAAGAAUCUGCAACCAGGAAGGAGUAGAUGUUACAUUUCACAGAAAUAAUGACCCAAUGGAUCCACAGACUCUAGAAGGUUACAUGCAGAGUGUGAAGACCAUGCUGGAGAUGAUGUGGUCCCAGGCAGCUGGCACCCCCUCAGGCAAUCAUGGACUCUUCCAUAAAUACCACAUAGAGGCUGUGACCUUGCAAGGAAUCAGGAGGAAGAACAGUAACUUUGCUUAUCCCCUGGAGAGAACAGGAAGAAUUCUGGAGGGAAUAUUUAGAAGUUUAAACAAUCUUUUAGAAAGAUUUCACCAAUCAUUCUUCUUCUACAUUCUCCCUGGCACCAGAAACUAUGUCUCUAUUGGAAUGUACAUGCCACUAUUUGGUUUGAUAUGUGCAGCAGGUCUCAUCAAAAUAUCCUUACUCAUGGCCAUUGCUAUUUGGGUGACACUAAAGAAGGAUAAGGAAUCUGAAGAAGAAGAAAAGAAGUCUGAGGAAGAGAAGAAGGAGGAAGAGGAAGAAGAGAGUGACCAGGCAGAGAGAGAGGCGAAGGCCCUGGAGAAGGAGGUGGAGGAACUGAGGAAGACAGUGAUGGAUGAGGCUGUAGAGGAGGAGGCCUCAUCUGAGGGGUUGAUCUCUAUCAUGCCUGUAAUAUUGAUCAGUGUGAUGAUGGGGGUGUUCUCUUACACUGGACCCGACCUUAUCACCAUGUCAGCCCCACCCUUCAGAAUCAAAAUGGAGGACAACAUCAGCUUUGGACUUAUGGCUCUGUACACAGCUUCUCUGAUGGUCCCUAGACUUAUAAGCAGGAAGCAGCCAGGAGCCAGUAAGAAGCUGAUUUUUGAUUGGAGGUUACUGAAGUGUGUCACUCUGCUCUUCCAAUCACUGGUUCUGUUCUCUAUUUCUUUGAUGAACAUUUCCCUGGCCUUCUUUCUAGCUGUUGUCCUUGUUCCCAUCACAGUUAUAGCUCAGCCAACAAAAAGCAGUCUACUGCGUUGGCUGCAGAAAGCUUUGCUUUUCUUAGUGUUCCCAGCUGUGUUACUAUUUAUAGCCUCAGUGAUAACAAGUUAUGGAGAAAAACACAAAGACUUCCUAGACUUCCUGGGCAAUUCCUGGAGUUUCAUGAAGACCAACAUAUUUCUCACAAUCAUCGACAAAUAUUUCUUCGGCAGCUGGAUGUUUGGUUUAUUUUCUUUCCUUAUGUUACCUAACUGGCUGAUGUUCUGGUGUAUAGUACACUGUAGUCUAGACUAAGAAAAAAGGUGAUCUCAAUUUGCUAUUUUUUUUUUUUGAAAUUGUGUGUUUGUACAUUCCCACCUUGAUAAUGAAGAUAAUUAAUUGUGUAUGAGGAAAGUAAAGUCAUGUGUAGUUGUAGUUUUUGUCCAAGACAGUUACAUGUGUAUAAAGAUGUUUAUGGACUUCUUUGAAAGUCGGAUGCAAAAUAUUUUCUUAGUAAGAGUGCUUUGAAUAGUUUUCUUAUUGUAAAAAUGGAAGAAGAGAGUGCUGUUUUUACAUAUGUUUAUAAUUUUUUGUGACAAAGAAUAUUGUCAUGAUUUUGUGUUAUUACGUAAUUGUUAGUCAGUUUGCAAGCAAUAUAUGUAUCUGAUAAAAAGAUUGAUCAUGUUUGUUUGACCAUCUUUCCACAUCAUUAACUUCAUGAUUCUGAUGUCAUUGUCUUUUUUUUUCAAAGUAUAAUCUUGCAAGUUCACUAGUACGUAAACCAGAGAUGUUAUAAAUAAUUCUAAUGUUGACCUUGGUCUUGACCUUGACAUUUUUGGAUUGAAUACUGUAAAAUCACAUAUUUUUGUGGGUUCAAAUUUUCAGGGUUUGAGAAAGAAUUAGGGGUUCAUGGGAAUUUUUUUUUGGUGGAUGAAAAAUUGUUGAGUGAUAAUAUUUUGCAUUUCAUGGUGGACAUAAAUUCAUGGGUCUCUUCAUACCUCAAAAACCACUGAAAUUAAACCCUCACGAAAAUUAGUGAUUUCACAGUACCUUAUUCUUUGUUGAGGAUGUGAUAUCAAUUUUUCGUUCCAGGUUACUGAAUCAUUAUACUUUGCUUUCUGGUCAUAUCUUCUUCAAAGAUAGUUUUUUUAAAUAUUCAGAAAAAAUAAUAUGAACAGAUCAUUAUUAUACAUGUGCAUUUUUAAAAAAUAGUUAGCCACUAUGAACAUUUUUACAAGUUUCAGAUACCUUAUAAGUAGAAUUUUUAGCGAGGAUUUAAUUUUGGCAUUAUUAGCAAUGGUGCUGAGAUCGCUAAAAUUGAAUAUCGCUAAAAAUUAAUUGCGUUUUAUUUGUAAUAGCUUCUUUAAUGUGCAUUUUAAAAUCGCUAAAAUAACAUCUCGCUAAAAAUAAAUUACCAGUUUUUAAGGACAAAUCCCUAAAUUUGUGUCUCGCUAAAAUUUCCACUUAUACGGUAUAUUUGAUUCUUUUUUUCGAUAUACAUGUACAAGUUCAUUGAGUUUGACUUUUGUACUUUCUUUUACAUGUCUGGAGAUUUGUAGUAAAUAUUUUGUGAGUGAUAUAUGGUAGGCAUGUUGUUUGUGAAACAGAGGUGUUUGAGUGAAUUUUUUUUUUAUAUCUGCUAGUAUCUUGUUUAGAACAAAGUUUUGUUCCUUGUGCAAUAAAUAAUCUCUUACAAAGCUGACUGAAGAACUUCACGGAAAUAAAUAGUAUAUUCAUAAAAUUUCAA